CGCGACGAGACUGGGAGUGGCAGAGGCAGAGGCGGAAGUGUGACAGCUGGAUAGAGAAAGUAAAUAUUUGGAAAAUGAGGGAAAGGUUGUGAAGUUCUACGUGCCUUUACUAAAGGCUUUAGUGGCCGACAGGAAACAUUUUGAACGCCAACGUACAGCAGCUGUAGCAGCAGCCAGAGUAAUUGACUGAAUCUGUGUGGUGGAGAAAAGAAGCGUUGAGGAUGGGGAAGCUUCAGGAGUUUAGCAUCGUGUUCAACAACAACGUGGACGUGUUCCAGAACGGACAGUGGGUCUGCGGUCAGGUCGUCGUCAACCUCAACGAGGGGAUGAAAAUGAGAGGGGUGCGUCUCAAAUUCCACGGGCAUGCGUACGUUCACUGGACUGAAAGGCACUCGACAGGGUCGGGAAAGAAUCGUCGUACGACGACCAGGCACUACUCCGCCUCUGAGACCUACUUUCAGCAUAAGGUGACCCUUUUUGGGAAAGCGGAGGGCCAGUCCGGCGACAACCCCACCCUGCCCGCUGGUCGUCACGUCUUCCCCUUCCAGUACCAGCUCCCCCAGCAGGGCCUGCCGUGCUCGUUUGAAGGCGCUCAUGGCUACGUGAGGUACUACAUAAAGGGCACCAUCGACAAGCCAUGGAAGUUCGACCACACCGUCAAGAGGGCCUUCACGGUCUUGGACAUGUAUGAUCUGAACGAAGAACCAACCGCGCUGACCCCCAUGGCUGGGCAGAAGUCGAAGAUGCUUUGCUGCCUGUGCUGCGCCUCCGGACCAAUCGAGCUGCAGGUACAGACCGAUAGGACUGCGUACUGUCCCGGAGAAACCGUUCAGAUGCGAGGCACCGUCGAGAACAACGCCAACGAAGAAGUCACCCAUGUGUCAGCCAAGUUGAUUCAGGUUGUGUCGUUCCACGCCACCAGUAAGAGCAGGUCGUCCUCCAGUACCCUGAGUAAGACGGAGUGCCGGGGAUGCGCAGAAGGCCAGUCCUCGCAGGUGGAGAUGUCCCUGACUGUCCCCGCCAUCCCGCCCUCAUCCUUACGCUACUGCAGCAUCAUAGACAUCGACUACGCACUGGAGAUCUCAGGCCACAUCAGCGGCGCCCACACCAGUAUGGACAUGAAAUUCCCCAUCAAAAUCGGCUUCGUCCCCCUCAGGAGCUACUACCCCUCACCUCCCUCCUUCCCUGCACCCCCUGCUGCCCCGUACCCCCUUGGAACUGAUGCCGCCUACCCCCCUGGAGCUGGUGCCACCUACCCCCCUGCUGGUGGAAUGCCGUACCCCCCAGCGGGCAACGCAGCCUACCCCCCUGCUGGAGGGUACCCCUCUGCCCCCCCUAUGGGGGUGAUGCCAUCAGCCCCUCCCCCUGUCAUGCCGGUGGCAGGGGCACCAGGCCUGCCCCCUCCGUCCUACGCUGAGUGCCAAACAGGGAAAGCCAACAUCAAGGACAGCGAGGACUCGGAGUACACCAUGGGCAACAUGGACUUCGCUCCCAAGUACACUUAUUACGACUGGAGCAAGCACCCGGCAGUCUGAGGAAAUAACAAAACAGAAUACGAGCGAUCGCAAUGAUGUCACGGUGACGCAGUGGUGGGCAAAAAGCAGGUGUUUGGCAAUUAACCAGUAAUUUGAGCCGCUAAUUUGAAUUUCAAUUUUUGAUCCAAUCUACUGACGUCCUGGUAGGCAACAACUGUCCAAUACCCCGGAUAUAAACAACAACAGCGAUCGCUCAUAUGUAGUUAGACUUGUAUACAGCAACCACCAGGGCUCAUCAUCAUAUCAUUUGACAGAAAUUUGUUGCAUGUGAUUGAAACAUUUUGACACUAUUGUGUCAAUCUUGAUGAAACUGAUGAAAAUGUAUUAAGCGACAACAAUUAAAACCCUUAAAGCUCCAAUCCCGGAUAUAUCUGGCACACCUAUACAUGCCCUGUGUGCCGCUCCCAGAUAUAUCUGGGAAGGGUAUUCCUGCAAAGUAGCAGCUUUGCGCUUGUGUAGCGCACAAACCCCACAAGUUAGGGACUUCGGCCUUGUUCGGGGGGUUUCUUUUUGGAGGUCAGCAGCCAACCCUGGCACUUAUAGCAUCUGUAUCUGUAUCUAUAUAGCCGGUAUAACCGCCCUUCUGCGUAACACACCAGCAUUUUAUAGUGCUGAAACUCUGGCAGUUUAAGGGUUAACAACAUGGUCUCCAAAGUAAUGAGUGAGACGAAAAAAAGUUGACGAGUCCUGGUAGCAACCACCCUAGGAACUAGAAAUUAAAGUGGUUACUAUAAACAGGUGUUCACCAUAAACUGAUGAUCACUAUAGACAGGUGGUCACUUUAUGCAGGUGGUCAAUGGUCACUAUAGACAGGUGGUCACUAUAGACAGGUGGUCACUACUGUCAAUCCACACAUACACAUGUAAUUAAGGGACCAUCAGAAAGUAGCCAAAAAUGACCAGGUGGUCCCCAUGUGAGGUGGUCACCUGUACAAGUUUGACUGUACCUCAUGAAAUCGGAGGGCACCUGAUUUUGGGGGAGCCUUUGGCUUUUACUUUCAGCAAAGGAGCUGUUCUGAAUUAAUGUGUCAAAGUGUAGUGAUUCGAACAUCAAUGUGGCCUUCUUUGAGGGAACGUGUUUGAAUUCUUGAACUGUUUAAUGUUUUAGUUUUGUAGCAGACAGUAACCUAUUACUACAUGUACUGUUGGAUGUCCAUUGCACUGCGAUGAUGACUUCAAUGGGGUCUCAGGUGUGCUCGUAGCCCAAAUGUACUAAGAAGUUUUUAAAAGAUGUUUGCAUUACAAAAGCAGUAGUUGUUUGUAGCAAGGACUAUAUUUCACUAAUAGCCAGAAGUAGAUUUUGAUACUGCACACAAUCAUUUGUACUAAUUAACAGUAUUUCUAACCAAUUUUAUAUUCACCAUGACUCUACAAGUUUGAAUGGUGCAUCUAUACCCUAGCAAGACAUGGGAAAGUCAAACGUACCUGGAAUUUCUUUGCUCUUACUGAUAUGUACACUGUUAGAUAUGUCAAGUGAUGUGUAGAGUAUUGCACAGUCCAGUAUGUAAAAUGAACGACAAGGUAUCCAGAUAUUUUGAUGUAGUUGAUUCUAUAAACUAACAGCAAAUGUUGUCAGUGUAAACGUUGUAUCAGCAAAAGCUCUCUCAAAUUAUUUCAAGUUCAUGUUGUCCCCGCAGAUUGCGUGGUAUAUGGUCCAAUACGACCAUGUUAGAAUGUGGAAAAGCACUGUUUCAUUACAGAGUAUGCGCCAGUAUGGACAAGGAUCGCUUUACACCAACUAGCUAUGCCCAACUAUUAUUAAUCUUAGUGGCGAUGUAAGAUCUAAGUUAGAAAGUGUAGUAGUAGUAUCUAGUUGCCUGACCAAAUCAUGCUUCCAGAGCCAUAUAUACAUGUAUAUAACCUGGUAUCCUGUCUACCAUGGAUUGGCCAGGCUCGUUCAAGGGCAGAUGUAGCUCUGUGCUGACGGGGUAAUCUUUCACAUCUAGGAGAGUUACGUGAUAGGAGCUUAUGAUAGUUCAUUGGCUAAACUUGACUGCUAAACCUCUAUCGUAUAUAACUUCUUCUUGAUGCAAAAUAUAAUCUUGGCAACAGAAAGCUAAUCAUCUUCCCCAAAGCGAGUCUGGCUAAUGGCCUUGUUAGCCUGACAUUGAGAGAUAUAUAGAAUACAACACGGUGUAUUCCGUAUAGGCGGAAGGGUGAUCCGACCCGCGGGAGGGCAGGGACCGAGGGUGAUGUCAUACCCACCUGAAAGAAAAAUGUUUUGAUGCGAUAUGCUCCAGAAGUUGAACAAAUUUGGUGCCCUCGAACAAAAAGUGUUACAACAACAUUGUAUUCGGAUUGCCAACUGUGCCACACUUGGCCCGCUCGAAAUGGUUCAAUUUACUCAAAGGAAGCCUGUGUGAUACAAACUUCUAGCCUGUGUGAUGUGGAAAGUUAUCACAUGUUUCGGAACACCCGUAUCGAAUGUUUUCGCGUCACAGGUAUGACAUAAUGUGUAAUACCAGCUUGUGGUUAUACAAUUUAUGUAGUAUUGGGGGCCUGCGAGCCCUUUUAUGUAGAGCGUAAUCAGCUGUUUCAAUGCCACAUAAUUUGUAGCUGAACCUCUGAAAUCUUGCACAACUUAGUAUAGAUAAUGUUGCUAAAGCUACCUCAGAACUUGAUUGAAAAUAUGGCAAGAGCAGAGCAGGGUGAAAAUGAGUGAACUUCAUAGGACAAAAUUCAUAGCAUGCAUGCAUUAUUCUGUUGUUUCCUUUUUUCUGUUUUUUGUGUGCAAUUUAGUCAUUUUCAUCAUUAUCAUUCUGGUGCAAUUCAUCCCAAUUUCCACCCCCCCCCCCCCUGCAUUUCAUUUCCUUCUACUGUUGAUUCAGCUUUUCAUGCAACAUUUUUGUCUAUUUUGAUUUUUUUCCAUUUUGUGUAUUUGUGUAUUAAUGAUCUAAUAUUGGCAAUUUGAUGAUAUACUUUUCAAAGGCAAUCAGUAUUAUAAUGUUUUAAGUUUUUCACCUUAUUCAAUAUAGUUGAUGUAUUAUGCAAUGUUAGUGCCAAUUUAUCAAUAUUGAUUCCCUCCCUCCCCUAUCCUCUUAACUCGCAGUGAUAUUGAUUAAUAAUCACGUAAACAAAUGAUAAUAUUCUCACUCAAUGAUUUUAACUAAUUGAAUAUUAGUUAUUUUGAUCAGAUGAUGAUUUGGUGACAUCUCACUAAGGGGUGUGUUGCAAAAAUGCACCUGUUCAUAGAUACAAUGUAUAAAAAACUUGAGAAGUUUUCUGUAUUAAACAUCAUUUUGAACUU